CACGCACGCAAUAAAUACCGAGUACGAUGAACCUGUCCGAGCUGUGUUGUCCAAUUAAGACUAUAUAUUCAAAUCAAAUAUACGACCUCCCCCCAGAAACCACUUCAAAAAUAAUGUCACAAACACACAGAUUGGCGCUUUGGUGCAGAUUUCCACUGCGGCUGGUCUAUAUUGCCUUGGCACUUGCCAUUUGCAUAACACCUCUAGUGAGCGCCUACAAUGAGAACCUCCAUCAACGCGAUGGCAUUCAUGUGCCUUGCUCUUUCUUCGAUACGGUCAAUGUGACAGACGAUCAGCACUUCCCUAACGGUUCAUAUAUACACGAGGGCAUUAUGAUACCACCACAAUUGAUCGGCACAUACGACUACAUUUACACGGAUCUAGUGCGACGUGUCGAGGUGGAGUCACAUGUGCGCGCUUGUAUCUGUAAACUGAAGCCAUGCAUCAAUAUCUGCUGUCCAUGGGGUGCUAGUUAUAGCACCAAUGAGAGCGCUUGCGUCAAUAAUACCGACUAUGGCUGGCCUGAACCGCUGUUGAAUUUGACUAUGCCUGGCGAGUCUUUGAAGGCGGUGAAUAUUUUCAAGCAAUUCGCUGUGCAGAGUUUUCGACCAUGUGAAUUUAUGUUUUCAUUGCAACCGGAGCUCGGCUCUUUCGACGAUUGGAAGCUGUUCGAGAAUGGCACACUCCUGCGCGUCUUCGACAUGGUCUACCUCAGCAAAAAUGAAUUCUGUUUCCAUCCGACGGUGGCGAAUGACACCGUAGACACUAUGUACAUCAUCAAUCCGGCGAAUUGCAAUUAUGACUCGGAUUACAGCACCAUUAAGACAAUUAAUGCUUAUGCCAUGUUGUUUUCCAUACCGUUCAUGAUACUCACCAUAGUCGUUUAUCUGAGCAUACCAGAGCUACGCAAUCAGCACGGCAAGUCGUUGGUUUGCUAUUUAAUUGGUCUGAUCAUUGGUUACUCCUUACUGGCAAUGAGCUCACUGCAAUUGGAUGCCUACUCCAGUCUGGUGUUCUGCAAGUCACUCGGUUAUGUCGCCUACUACUUCUUCAUGGCUGCGUUCUUUUGGCUGAGCGUUAUCAGUUUCGAUUUGUGGCAUAAUUUCCGCGGCACACGUGGCAUCAAUCGUUUUCAGGAGAAGAAACGUUUUCUCGUAUAUUCGCUUUAUGCCUGGGGUAUACCGGUGCCUUUCUUAAUCUUCACAUGGUAUGCGCAGGAGAUUGCAGCCAUACCGGACUAUUGGAAGCCCGGUAUUGGUGGUGGCGAAUACUGUUGGUUGGACAUGCGCACCUGGUCAGCGAUGAUUUAUUUCUUUGGUCCCAUUGUACUCAUAAUUAUAGCUAACAGUGUGAUGUUCGUCUUCACUUCUUUGAAGAUACACAGGGUUCAACGUGAAAUGGCGCGCAUAAUGGCUCGAGAGGAUAGUACCAAGAAUUUGCGUACCGAAAAGGAUAAAUUCGGUCUUUUUCUACGCCUAUUCAUUGUCAUGGGUGUCACAUGGUCCUUGGAGAUAUUCUCGUAUUUUGUCGGCGCCGACCGCGGGUGGGCAAAGAUCUUCUACAUUUCGGACAUUUGUAAUGCCAUACAAGGUUUCCUCAUAUUCAUGUUGUUUGUCAUGAAGAAGAAGGUCAAGCAUUUAAUAACAAAUCGCCUACUCAAGCGCCGGCCGCCGGGUACAAGCCAUACAAACUCCACCAACUCAACGAAUUCCGAUUACAGUCAAAAUCCCAAUAAGUAUGCUAUGAAAAUGAAGUCGUCACAGGCGCUGCGAGGCGGUGAUCGCUUCUAGCGAAGAGCUAUUCGUCUACACGUGACAGCAGCAACCAGCGCCAGAGUCAAUACUCAACGAAGACAACGUCCAGCAGUAUUGGCAAUUUAACGCUCUCGGCUACUGGACCCGCUGAGCGGCCACUAAUGAUGCCAACCGAACGGACAACAAGUUUGAGAAAUUAAUUUAUUGGCGUAGUGAGAAGCAUGAAAAUUUAUUGAAUUAAAGUGAAAUGAAAUGGAGUGAAAUGAAAAUAAGCUUUAAAGCUUAAGUUUAAUAUGAAGAAAAGAGGCAGCAUGUAUGGUUUAGUACUAAAUGAAGUCUUAGAAAUUUGCAGUGGUGGAGUGUAGGGAAAUUACUGGCAGCCGCAAGAAAAAAUUUACUAAAAAUCACAAAACUGAUUUAGCAUGAAAUUGAGCAAGAGAUGUAGAUUUUAAGUUCUUAAGCAUAGCACUUAACUACUUUUAAUCUCAACUUACAUAUUUAUGUAUGAAAAAAAAAGAAAACAAAAACAAUUUUUGUGAGCGUGUCAUAUAUUUGUUGUACCAUAUGUAUUUAAGUCAUUUACUUAGUAAUUAAGUUAGGAUUUAAAUAUUAUUAUAUAUAUGUAUGUACGAGUAGAUUAGCGAUUUGUCAACGCGCCAUAUAAAACAAAUAAAAAAGACAUUGAAAUAAAAAAUAACGGUACUCAACUUAUUGAAGUAUUUGUUUUGAUGCUAUAAUUUAUUAGGUGGAAGAUGAUGCAAAGAAACAAAGUGAUGGCUACCCAAAAAAGUUUACAAGAAAAAUGUUUAAAACAAAAUAAAAAAAUUAAAUUAAAAAAUUAAUUUAAAAAAUAAAAUUAAUAAAACAAAUUAAAUAAAUAAAUUAAAAAACAAAUUUUAAUAAAUUAAAAGUAAAUAAAAUUUGUAUUUGUAAAACAUAAUAAUAAAAAAAAAUUUCCGAAAAGUAUUUUUUUUUUCAAAUACACUAAAAUAAAAUAUAUUUAUAUUUUUUAAUUUAAAAUACACUUAAUUUUUUUUUUGUUUUGGCAACAUUUUUUUCAUAUGCAUAUUUUGGAAAUUUCUUAAAUAGUUACUCAGAAAAAAAAAUAUUUUUAAGAAUCACUUAAGUUUUGAUUUGCAUAAAGAAUAUCUAGAAUUCCUAGCUAAUAACUAUAUAGUACAUUCAUACAUACCGCGAAAUAAGUGUUAUCAAUCAUGCAUCAACAUAACCUCAAACUAUUUCAAUUGGAGAGUAUGAUAAGUAGCUCUAAGAAAUUAUGGAACCUGCGAUAUAUCACCACCGAAAAGAGUCCGAAUACUGAAUUUUGUGCCAGUGUGAGAGUUAAAAAAAAUUACAGUUGAACUUCCCUAACUCGAAUCAGAAUUUUCCACAAAAAAACUUCCGAGUUAUAGAAUGGUUCAUUAAAACGUAAAUUAUUUCAAAAUGCUGUAAAAUAUAGAUUAAUUUAUAAAUGUCAAAUAUCAAAUAUUUUGUUCGCCUCCAUACGAUAUAGAUGGACUCUUCUAAAAUUCUGCCUCGAUAGUAAAAUUUAAAAAAAUUAAUUAUGUUCUGGUCGAAAAGUUCGAUUUAUGGAAGGAAAUUUUACUUCUAUUGCCAAU